UUCGAUGGAUGAAGGAUGAAUUCGUCUAUUGAUCCAUUCGAAACGUGGUCGAAAUGUUCCUUCAGAAAUUUUCUGUUGAAUUUAAUAACUCGCCUCUUAUAUUCAUACAAUUUGCCCAUUAUAUUUCCUUUCUCUAGAUUGCCGACACUGAGUAGGCGGCAAAGUGUUUCAUACGAAAUGUUCGAAAAUUACUUAAAAUCGUUCCAUAAAUGUGAUAUUAUCGAAAUUCUACGCCAUGAUGAUAAUUCCAAACAUUUUUCUUUGAAUAUAGAUUUUUUAGUCCUUUAUGAACAUCAAUCAGAUUUAGUGGUCACCUUAUUGAAUGAUCCAGAAAAAUGUUUACAAGACUGGGAGAAGGCAACUUUGUUGGCACAGAUGACUGUGUUGAAGGAAGCCGAUCAAAAUUCACAACUGAAGAACUUUGUUCACUGCCGUAUAUAUAACUUACCUUUUUGGCCUGCUGUUAGACGAUCUAUUUUUCCAAGCAAUGGUGAUGCUGGAAAAUUUUUACAAAUAUCCGGUACUGUUAUGAAAAUCACUACCCCAAAACUUCUGGAAUACCAGCGAAGUUACGUUUGUGUUAAAUGUAAAAGACCAACAUUGGUUAAAGCUGAAUAUGAUAGAAAAUACAUAAUAAAGCAACCAAAGAAGUGUGAUAAUCCAGAGGUAUGUUCUGGUACCAAUCUGGUGCAUUUUGGUGAAUUAGACAGUGAAAACUGUAAAGAUUAUCAAGAAAUAAAAAUACAAGAACAGGUAAAAAAAUUAGGAGUUAGUUCCAUGCCAAAUACAAUUUGGGUAACCCUUGAAGAUGACUUGGUUGAUAGCUGUAAACCUGGAGACAACGUAACAAUUUGUGGUAUAGUCAAAAGAAGAUGGGGUGAAUUUGAUAAAGGAAGAAAAAUUGAUAUUGACCUUGUUUUUAAAGCAAACCAUGUCCAGAUUGAUAACAGUAAUAGUGCUAUAUCUGCUUCAACACCUGAAGUUAAAGAAAUGUUCAAAUCUUUCUGGGAGAAAUAUGCAGAUAAUUCGUUAGAAGGAAGAGACUCAAUUUUGAAAUCAUUUUGUCCGCAGAUUUAUGGAUUAUAUUUAGUUAAAUUGGCCAUAGCCGUAGUUCUGGCAGGUGGUAGUCACAUUGAAGAUAUGAGUACAUCUACAGGUGUUCGAACAAGAUCUGAACCCCAUCUCAUACUAGUUGGUGACCCUGGAACAGGAAAAUCACAGUUACUAAGAUUUGCUUCUAAAAUAAUUCCCCGGUCAGUCCUUACAACAGGAGUCGGAUCCACUGCAGCUGGAUUAACAGUUACAGCUACUAUGGAACAUGGAGAAUGGCAACUUGAAGGAGGAGCACUGGUAAUGGCUGACGGUGGAAUUUGUUGUAUCGAUGAGUUUAAUUCAAUGAAAGAACAUGAUCGUACAUGCAUACAUGAAGCCAUGGAACAACAAACCAUAAGUGUGGCUAAGGCAAGUAUGGUGUGUAAACUCAAUACAAGAUGUUCCAUAUUAGCUGCUUGCAAUCCCAAGGGGAACUUGGACCCUUCUCAGCCCUUAGGCAUGAACAUAGCUCUGCCAAGUCCUCUUUUGAGCCGCUUUGAUCUUAUUUUGUUGCUAAGAGAUACUGUUAAUCAGGAAUGGGAUGAUCGCAUUGCUGAAUAUAUAUUAAAUGGGGGUGGUAACUUUUCUAAGCUUACUGAUGGAGGAUUAUGGUCACUAGAUAUUUUGCAGACAUACUUUGUUACUAUAAAAAAACUACACCCCAAACUGUCUAAGGAUGCUGAAGUUAUUUUAGGAACUUAUUAUCAAAUGCAACGAAGAAUAGAUACCAGAAACAAAGCAAGAACCACUGUAAGAUUAUUGGAGAGCUUGGUGAGAUUAUCUCAGGGACAUGCCAGACUUAUGUGUCACGAAAGUGUUCAAAUUGUGGACAGUAUUUAUGCGAUCAUUCUCGUUGAUACUGCAAUGGAUUGGGAUUCUUCGAUUUUAAAUCUAAACAUUACUUUGAAUAGUGUUUUUCCAGAAAGGCCUGUCGAGGAUUAUAGUAAUAUGUUGGAAAUAAUUUUGAACAAACUGCAGCUUCAUCAAAUUCUCGAUAAGGAAAUUAAUUUGUUGAAAAAGCCUAGGAGUAAUACUAUUCAAUCCAGGUUUUUCAAUUGUCAAAAUUCAGUUGUUCCAGAUGUAAGAAAACAAUCGCAGAAUGAUGAUUUUAAUAGACUACAAAAUGAUAAAACUUUUGAAAAAAUGUCCUCUGAUGGUGACUUUACAAGUGGAAUUAAUCUUCAAGAAUCCAGAUUCAACAAUUGUCAAAAUCCAAAUGUUCAAACUUCAAACAGACCUCUAAUAAUGAGUGAGCCGAGUAAAACAGAAAAAGAGCAAGUUGUUGAAACUAGACUUCAAGAUUCGAAACAAGAGAAAAACAAUAAGAUUCAGUCAUCUGAAUGUGGUGAUAUCCAUUUUAAGAAUUGUGUAGAAACUACAGAUCAUCUCAAACUCAAGUCAACCACAAUCCGAAAAUCCAACAAAACUGAUAAAUCCCGUUUUUUCAAUUCAGAAGUUGAUGAAGGAUAUGACACAGUUUCAUUUGAUAUUUCAGAUUCAAAAAAUACACGUCAAACUAAGUUGAAAUUUGAUACGAGGUCUCAGAGUAAAACACCAAAUCAGACACUUAACCACUGUGAUAUUUUUAACGAUAAUUAUGAUGAUUCAACUUUUUUUGACAUUUUAUACCCAGGUGAACCUGGACCUAGUACAGGAAAAAAACAUGAAUCUUGUAUUGGAAAGAUCUCAAUUUCAAAGAACAGUAUCGGAAAUCUUGGCGAAAAUAAUGAAUUAUCAACAUCUAGUGAAAUUGUUGGAUUAUCUUCAAAACAUAAAGGAAAUCAAAGUAUAGCCAACGAUGAGAAAUCAAAUUCACUACAGACUAUCAGGAAUAAAAUGAAGAAGUUUAAGUUCAUUAGAAAAAACAAUGAUUCAGUUGUAGAACACAAUAUACCAAAAGAGGUAAAUGGACAUGACACCAUUACUUCAAAUAAAAUUGAAAAGCAUGAAAACGUCAAUAAGGAAAAGGGCAAAAGUAAAAGUCUCAUUAAUGAAGGAGAUCCACAAUACUUCCCCAAAGAGAACUUAAUUGUUGAGGGGAGCCAAAAAUCUAGGGACAAAAAACUGUUUAAACGAACAACUAUUUCCCAUGAGGGUCCAAGUGAAAAAAGAAUCAAAAACAAGAAAAAUGUAGAAAAUGUCAAUAUUGACACUUUCCAAACCGACUUGGAAAUGUUGAGGCACAUGCCAGGAGUGAAUGAUGAUUUUAAUAUUGACUUAGACUUCAAUUGGGCUGAUUGCAACCAUCAAUCCUAUAGUGAUUCAGCUAAUCACAAUAUGACUCGUGAUUCAUCCCAAAACUCCAAAAUCAAAUCUAUACCAUUGAGGUUUUCUAGAAAUUCAAAACUUCUUAAGAAAAUAUCUAGUGAUGGAGUUAGUUCUAGUGAUAGUUGUGUAAGAAGUGAAAGUGCAACAUCUCAGUCUAUAAGGACUAUAUUUGACAGCUCUGAAGAUAAUUUAGAUGAUAUAAAUUUUGAUAUUUGAAUUGUUGACCUGAACUUAUAUAAACUUAUUGUUUAUAGUGUAACAAUUGUAUGGUUCUUAAUUGAGAAUAAUUUGAGAUUGUUUAUGAACUUAGGAUGAUGAAAGGUGGAAUACCAAGGACCCGAAGUGAGAACCGUGAAACCAUCAAUGUGCUGGUUGCAGGUUCAAUAUUCCUGUUCAAAUCAAGUUCAACCAACUCUAUAUACCUCGAUUAUAUGGAUCUACUCUCAAAUUCUCUCCAACCCUCUAACACCAACAACUUAUUUUCAUUUAAAUGCUGAAACAUGAGCUGCUAUGAAUGAGAAAUUGUAUAUCUGAAUGAAGGACUGGAAAAAAUUAUAACUUGGAGUGACAAUAAUCAAGAAGAAUCCAAUUCUAAACAACUCUGGCUAAGGUGAAUGUGGAAGAACCACUCAGUAUAUACUCAUUCUAUUCCAUAUUUUCAGAAAGCACUUUUCACUGGGAAAUCAAAUGUUAAAUAAAAUAUAGGGUUUCAUUGAAAAAAAAAUCAAUUAAAACAAUAGUUUUUGGACAUAUUACUAUCUACUAAUGGAAAAUAUUUAUAAUAGAACAUACUUUUCAAGUGAUAUAUAAUAACUCUUUAUUUCUUUUCAACAAAUGACAUACUGGUCAUGUACUUAACGACAUUUAUUCCUCAAAACUAUAGAAACAGAUUAAAACAUUUUUAGGAAGGUAGUUGAAUACAGAUAGAGUGCUACUAUUCUUCAGUUUGAUUGAUAAAUGAUUGAUUAUUUUGGGAGUCAUGAGAUUGGGAAUAUUAUAAGCCAGUUCACUCUUAAUGAACAGUAGAAACAUAUUAUUUUUUGACGAGUGUUAAAAAUGUAUUAAUCAAUUAUAAAAGGAUUAUUGUAAUCAUUGUAACAUACACACAUUAUUCGAAUAUUAACGUUGAUAUAUUGAAAUCAGUGAAUACAUUUAUAUAUGGUUCACGAGUAGGUAUCACAUGGUUGGUAAUAUUAACACCUUUCUUGAAUAAUUUCGACCAGUAUAUAUAAGUCCAUUGUUGUGCACGGCUGAGAAAAGUCCGCCGAAUCUACGUUGUCUGUCUUUGAUCUGAGAUUCGUUCAAUCCAACACCCUGGUUUCUUUCCGAAAUUUUUCUGCAACACAUGUAAAUAGAUUUAACCAUUUUUGUAUAUAUGAUUUUGUUAUUUUUCUGUACGUAGUUAUUAGGAAUAAACUUCUAUUUUAUA